AUGCUCUUCCAGCCCACGCUGCUCCGCUGCCACUUCUCCACGUCCUCCCGCCAGCCCGCCGUCGUGCAGUGGAAGUUCAAGUCCUACUGCCAGGAUCGCAUGGGGGAGUCCCUGGGCAUGGCCUCUCCCCGGGCCCUCUGUGUUGCAGCCCUGGCGGGUGGUCUCCAGGUCACAGUGCCCGACAAGAAGCAGGUGGCCAUGCUCUUCCAGCCCACGCUGCUCCGCUGCCACUUCUCCACGUCCUCCCGCCAGCCCGCCGUCGUGCAGUGGAAGUUCAAGUCCUACUGCCAGGAUCGCAUGGGGGAGUCCCUGGGCAUGGCCUCUCCCCGGGCCCAGUCUCUCAGCAAGAGAAACCUGGAGUGGGACCCCUACCUGGACUGCUUGGACAGCAGGAGGACCGUCCGAGUGGUCGCUUCCAAACAGGGCUCGACCGUCACCCUGGGAGACUUCUACAGGGGCCGGGAGGUCACCAUCGUCCACGAUGCAGAUCUUCAAAUUGGAAAACUCAUGUGGGGAGACAGUGGACUCUAUUACUGUAUCAUCACCACCCCCGAUGACCUGGAGGGCAAAAAUGAGGACUCGGUGGAGCUGCUGGUGUUGGAGUGGGUGUUUGUGGGGCUGGUGAUCCUGGGUGUCUUCCUCUUCUUCGUCCUGGUGGGCAUCUGCUGGUGCCAGUGCUGCCCGCACAGCUGCUGCUGCUACAUCCGUUGCCCCUGCUGUCCGGAGUCCUGCUGCUGCCCUCAGGCCUUGUAUGAAGCAGGGAAAGCAGCCAAGGCCGGGUACCCUCCCUCUGUGUCCUGUGUCCCCGGCCCCUACUCCAUCCCCCCUGUCCCCCUGGGAGGAGCCCCCUCAUCGGGCAUGCUGAUGGACAAGCCGCAUCCACCUCCCCUGGCUCCGAGCGACUCCACAGGAGGAAGCCGCAGUGUUCGCAAAGGCUACCGCAUCCAAGCGGACAAAGAGCGCGACUCCAUGAAGGUCCUGUACUACGUGGAGAAGGAGCUGGCUCAGUUUGACCCGGCCCGGAGGCUGCGGGGCCACUAUAACAACACCAUCUCGGAACUCAGCUCCCUGCACGAGGAGGACGGCAAUUUCCGCCAGUCUUACCAUCAGAUGCGGAGCAAGCAGCUCCCUGUGUCCCGGGACUUGGAGAGCAAUGCUGACUACUGGUCGGGCAUCAUGGGAGGCAGCAGUGGGACAAGCCGGGGGCCCUCGGCCGUGGAAUACAACAGAGAGGACCGGGACAGCUUCCGGCACAGCCAGCAGCGCUCCAAGUCCGAGAUGCUGUCGCGCAAGAACAUGUCUCUGGAUGACGAGAAUCAGAAGUGGACAAUGGGGACAAGACACAAAUCCAAGCGCCAGCAGGCCCAGGACCUUCUCCGGCCGCCACCUUGGAAGUUCCUGCGACUCUUGAGGGCCUGGGGUCUGGCUGACCCUCCAUACCACCCGCCGAGCACGGUGGCAGGAGUCCUGCACUCCGACCUGGCGCCAUGGAGGGAAGCUGAGUCUUCAGUAGAACGAAGAGGGCAGAUACCGAGGGAGGCAACGGCGGUGGUGGUGGUUGGCUGGUGGGUUGGACCUGCUCCCGGGAAGGCUGAACGAGAGGAGCCCCUCACUGUGGAUUCCAGGGAGCACCGCUCUGGGGCGAAGGUGUACACGCUGCCCGAGAGCCUCCUGCGGGAGGAAGGAGAAGGGAUGGAGGCUGAGGAAGGUGCUGCCCGCGUCACCUACCUGUUCGUUUUUGUGCCUCGUCUGUGGCAUCGAAACUGA